UAAACCCCGCCCGCCCUCUCCUCGCCCGCCCGCCCUCUCCUCGCCACCGCCCGCUCCUGGUUUCCGCUCGCUGCAGACCGAGGGAAGGAGAAGGUUGAAGAACGAAAAUGGGUGUCGAGAUUGAAACCACAAAGCCCGGUGACGGCCAGACAUUCCCAAAAAAGGGGCAAACCGCCGUGGUCCACUAUGUGGGAAAGCUCACCAACGGAACUACCUUCGAUUCUUCCCGGAAUCGGGACUCGCCUUUCAAGUUCAGGAUCGGGUGUGGGGAGGUGAUCCGUGGCUGGGACGAGGGAGUAGCCCAGAUGAGCGUCGGCCAGCAGGCUCGUCUGACCUGCACCCCAGACUUCGCCUACGGCAGCAAAGGGCACCCUGGUGUCAUCCCACCCAACGCUACUCUCAUCUUCGAUGUGGAGUUGCUGCGCCUGGAUUGAUCGCCGUUGUUAAUUCCGCUCAAAUUUUCAGGGUUGAUUCCUAUCGCGGGACAUGGAGGAAAUGGUUAACAUGAUCCCGGCAUAGGACUUUUGUCUAAAACAUCACUGUCAUAUCCCUUUAUUAGUUUGACGUUAUAGGUCACUCCCCCCUCCCUCCCCUCACUUUGCUAACGUAAUAAGUCAUAGGCCAUACAUUUAAUGUCAUAUUCAGCUAUGUGUUUUUUUUUUUUUUAUGUACUCAAAUUAGCAGUAUAUCUGCCUUCAGGACCAAUUUUGAAGUGUCAUGAAAAAAAUCAAAUUGUUUUCAUUGCUUUGGCUCUAUUCGCCUUCCACUAAUGGCCAUGAAUUUUCUUGAAUAUUACAAUAAAUGUGUGAUUCACAUGAUGACAUUGCCAUCAAA